AAAUUGCAGCGCAGUGUACGGCGCCUAUGCAAAAGAAAAAGUCAUCACCGAUGCGGACGUAACGACGAUGAAAUCAAGUUUUUGAGAAGUGACUGAGGAGUGGAGGAUUGUUCUUUGUAUAUAUAUUUAUUGGAUAUCUAGAAUAUUAUAAAAUGUCUACACCGGCGAGAAGGCGACUCAUGAGAGAUUUUAAAAAUUUACAACAAGAUCCACCAGCUGGCGUGAGUGGUGCACCUUCAGAAAACAACAUAAUGUUAUGGAAUGCUCUUAUAUUUGGGCCCCGUGACACCCCAUUUGAAGAUGGAACGUUCAAGCUAACUAUUGAAUUUACAGAAGAGUACCCCAACAAACCACCCACAGUACGCUUUAUAUCAAAGAUGUAUCACCCUAAUGUAUAUGCCGACGGAGGAAUCUGUUUGGAUAUUCUACAGAAUAGAUGGAGUCCUACAUAUGACGUAUCGGCAAUCCUUACUUCUAUACAGUCCUUACUGGACGAGCCUAACCCCAACAGCCCGGCAAACAGCCACGCUGCACAGCUAUACCAAGAAAACCGACGGGAAUACGAAAAGAAGGUGACUGCUAUCGUUGAAACCAGCUGGAUGGAUAACAAAUCAUGAUAAAAGGGACAGAGGAGAGGAAGAGGUGAAUCUGUUGUCAUCGUAAGAUGUCCAUUGAGUCAAGCUUUAUAACAGUCUACAAUUUUAGGAGAAAAUAAUUUUCAUGUGAUAUGCUGAGAGGCACUUAAUGUUUCUAGUUUAAUACCUGAUGUAGUGGUAUCCUUUAUUUUCAUUACUAAAUUUACAUCACUCCCCUUCGUAAGAAUACACAGUAACUAAUAGCCAAUGGUAGCCAGCCCCGUCAAGGACAAAUGAUUUCAGCCAGUGUUCUACGUCCUAAAAGGUCUUAACCUGUUGACUACUGAAUUCCAUAAUUCCUUUAGAUUGUGUGCAUGGACAAACUAGUUUCAGGAGUCAAUUCAGUUACAUCAGUGGGUGUUGACCUAUUGGUUUUGGUGUUGGGUAGAUUUUUACAUCACCACAGCACCAUAACUAAAAAAAUACUGAUCUUAGAGCAAGCGUCUAAAAGUGUCACUUGGUGUUGAGUUAUCCUUUGUGUUAUUUGGACUUAAAAACUUUGGUCAGGUGUUGGAGCUUUGGCAGGCAGUGCAAAUUGUGUUUCUAACACCAGCACUAAUAUUGAACUUGAUUACCCAGUAUGAACCUGCUAGCAAUGUCAGAAUUCAUCAUUCAAAAUACAGUGUGUUUUUACUCUUUGUUAAAGUAAAUACUGCUUGUACAUUAAGGAUUUAACAUCCCUCAAGCCAGCCCUUUACUCAACAUAUACAAAAUUUAAGAUAACAAAUUAUGGUGUUCAUGGCUUUCCAUAGUUGAAACAGUUGCAGAAGCAUUUCAUUAUUAAACUCACAAGUUUGCUCUUGACCAAUAGGGUGCAAGGAUUUUAGGCAGUUUGUAAUAAACAAUUUGUGUAACUCGGUGAUUAGGAAUGUAGCAAAUUCACAAUCAACUGCACUUUUCUAGCUCUGGUAUUUGGGUGAUGAAAUAUGGAUAAAAGAAAUUGAUGUGAAUUUCCACAAAGAGUUUAAGGGCAUUUAAUCAAAAAUUUGAUUGGGAAGAUUUUGAUAAUUUUCUGUAUAUCUGCUCCUUCCAAAAAUCCAAUUGGAACUGACUACAUUGUGUAUAUCACUUUUUCUGGCUGCAUUUGGAUAUACGGUGUUCUCGACCUAACUGAAAGCAAUUUGCUUGGUUCAGUUUGUCAAGGGGGGGGGGGAGGUAUGAUUUGAGAAUCCAACUUGGUCCUUGAGGGGGUUUCAUGAAUUAUUUUUCAAUACUCGCUCAAGCCCAAUCAGAUACAGAGAUUUCAGUGGCUUAUAGUGUUGUUCAGUGAAAAUCUCUUUGUGAAAUUUUGUUCACUGCUGAUUCUUUAACCUUUACAUAUUAAGAAUUUUAAUCUGACUUUAGCCCCAUAACACAAAUGUUUGGAAUGGAUUACAAAU